AUGCUCGUGUACGACAUCACAAAGCGGUCGACAUUCGAUCACGUAGCGAUAUGGGUGGAGGAGCUCCGAGCACACACCGACAGCUCCAUCGUCAUUAUGCUGAUCGGCAACGAGACCGAUCUGGCCGUCGACCACCGUGCCGUCGUGACGGAGGAUGCCAUCGACUUCGCCGAGGAACAAGGGGUCCUCUUCUCCGCGACCUCCACCCUCAGCGGGGACACGUGGACAAGGCCUUCUAUUGGUUUUCAUUUCCAUUUGCCAAGUUACAAUUUCAUUCCUUCUGCCAGUAGUAGUCAGCAGCAGAAGGGGUGCUCUGUUUCGGUGGCAAGAGAAACAGAGUGUUGA